CCUGUGUUUGUAGAUUUUGCUGAUUCAUUUAGUUGGCCACUACUUCCAUUUUUUGCUCUGCUCAAUUUCUGCACUUACCUUCACAAUCACAAGAGGAAGAAGAAGAAGAAGAAGAAGAAGAAGAAGAAGAAGGCCAAAUGUUAGGCACGGUGAAUCUAGUAAUGGGCUCAUCUUCAGCCGCCAUGGCUACUCCAACGCAGUGUGCUGCCGUGAAAUCUCUUGCGAGCUCCAAAAUUGGUCUCCACAACCACUGCCGAACGUUUUCAUUGCCUUUGGGAUUGGCUUCUGCUUCUGGUUCCAGCGCUUUCUUCUCGUCUCAUCGAGGUUCCUCUCUUUCUUUGCGGUUCAACACAGCAAUCGCCGCCGUUAACUCCGAUCAAAUUGUGUCCUCCGAUUCGGCGGACAAGGAAGAAUCGAACAAGUAUUAUUUUCUAGUUGCAAAUGCGAAGUUCAUGCUUGAUGAGGAGGAGCAUUUCAAAGAACUUCUGUUCGAGCGGCUUCGGAACUAUGGCGAGCGUAACAAGGAGCAGGAUUUUUGGCUGGUCAUUGAGCCUAAGUUCUUGGACAAGUUUCCUAAUAUCACAAAGAGAUUGCAGAGACCUGCCGUUGCUCUUGUUUCAACCAACAGUACCUGGAUUACGUUCAUGAAGCUGAGACUGGACCGAGUUUUGGCCGAAAGUUACGAAGCCAAUAGCUUAGAAGAAGCAUUGGCUUCUACGCCCACCAACCUCGAGUUUGAGAAGCCUGAAAAAUGGGUGGCUCCCUAUUCCAAGUAUGAAUACGGAUGGUGGGAGGCUUUCUUGCCGCCGGUGGCAAAAGCAGAAGCAAAAGUAUAAGCUGUGUAUGUAGCUUCGUUUCUUUAGUACGCCCUUUUUUUGUUUACCCCUUCUAAUCAAGUAUGAAUUUUGAUUGUGUGAGGAUUUCACAGAACAUUUGGAGUUGAAGGUAGUUUUUUUUUUUUUUUGGUAAUCUAAUUGUAUUUGAGAGGCUCGAUAUCUUCCGUGUGGGUCAAUAUCUGCAAUGUAGUUCGUCGAACGAUGAACGUAGUUCGAAUGUCUUUUUAUGUCUA